AGUGGAAGUAGUCCGCAAAAUUGUGCACUGUCUCUGUGUGCAUCACUCCCGCCUCUCUCGUUUGAGCGUCUUCCUCGAAACAUUUGGACACUUGCUCAAGCCAAUUCGAAUUCCCUAAAAGCACGUUUGCGUUCUCAGCAGUGGAAGUGCAAGGCGGGAGCGAGGCAGGAGGGGGAGGCGAGCCAGCCAAGGUAUCAAGAGCUCGGAAUGUCACGGUGGACGACGACAAGUUGAGAGUCUGGCACGCGCAGCCCCCAACGCAGACGUUCUUUGGCAUGCACGCGUGGUCCAAGCGCUCGAAUGUGACCACGACUGUGAGGCCGUAUACGCCAGGCUCCAUCACCGCACACCUCGCCGGGCUGCUGAAGCCUCUGGGCGUCCUUGACGGCUCCCCCGUGGCGCACAGCGGCCACGAGCGCCCACGGAGAGCCACGUCGUACCGCGGGCCCACCUCUGGAAGCGCGGCCGCCACCGCGUCCAGCUCGGCGAAGACCACGAAAAGGCAAGGCUCCCCAGGAUCACAGGAUUCGACGCGGAAGCUCCAGGAGUGCUCGAGCUGCCGGCCCUCGGACAGGUGCCACCUGGACGGGGCGAUGAGGCUCGCCGCGGCGGCGGAGACGGGCGCAGGAACGAGCAGGCGCGCCUCCUCCGAGAGCCCGCGGUCCUCGAACAGGGGAUACGGCGCGCCGCACCGCGGCCCCCGAGCGGUGCUGGCCGGGGGCCUGCCGGCCUCUCCUCUGGCGGGGCCUGCCUAGCUGCGGCUGCGCCGCCGGGCUGUGCAGGACGGCCCUCCGCCGCGCCCGGCAUAUCGGCCGACGCGGCGAGCCUCUGCUCGGGUGGGCCUGGCGAGCUGCCCGCGCCCCAGGCCGCAGGCCCUGGACGCAGGCCCUGGCAGCUGGUGUAGGCGAUCGCGCCGCAGAUCAGGAGGAAGGCGGCAGCCAGCAAGCAGCGCCACAUGCCGCGCCGAGACCGCGCCGCCCCGUCCCGGCCGCUAGGUGUCCUCUUGGAACCCUCUUGGGGGGUUUGGGGGGCCUCUCGGGCCGUCUAGAAACCAUCUUGGGCGUCUUGGCG